GCAGGGAGAAUAAAUGAAGGAAAGUUUUUAUUAAAUUAUGAAAUUAGCAUCUGACUUCAUAUAAAAGAAAAGAAAAAUAUUUAACAAAAUAUGAGAAGAAUCUUAAACUCAUAUAGGUAAUAAAGCCAAUGAGAAUCUCCAAUAAUAAAUACUCCCUCUGUCCCAAAAUGUUCCUCACAUUUCGAACAACAUGCAAAAUAUCAUUUUUAAUAGCAUUUUAUUUACAAAUUGGUAGAGAAAUAAAAAGUUUAAAUUUCACCGUUCAAAAGUACAUCAAAAGUUCUACAAAACAAGAUGCAACAAGAAUAUUUUAUUUUAUCAAAUGGUCACCAAAAACGAGUAAACAAACAAAAGUUAUCGAGAGGCCGAAAUGGUAACCAUGGCAAUCUUUUUGAAAUGGAGAAAGUAUUGAAUAACUUUAUGGAUAACUCCUACAAAUAUUGAGCGUCAUUAUUUAUAAAAGCCGAAUAACUACUAAUCCAUAAAAUUUAGGCCCACUACCACAUUACCUAGUAACUAUUCCUAGACUUUAGACUCACUACCACAUUACUUAGCAACUAGUCCUAGAAUUUAGGCCCCUUACACAUUAUUUAAUACUUAGUAACUAUCAUACUUAAAAUAAAACAUUGGACGUAAAAAAAUAUUAAUAUUCCCGUCCAAAAAAUAACUUUCCCAAUUUGAUUUUACACGCACUCUAAGAAAAAGUAAAAAUUGUGUUGACUUUCCCAUAAUGCCCCUCUACUUUUCUUCACAGCCCCAUCCAUGUUUCCCCGUCAUCCUUGUCUUGUCUUCUGUCUUCGUCACUUCUUUCCUCGCCACCACGAUUUUCCAUUCUCGGCACUUUUAUCCUCCAUCCUUGCCACCUUCGUCAAUUUCAUUCUGUCUACAGCUUCAUAUCUUCAUCGAUGUUGCUCCCCAUCAAGCACCUCAAUCAAAUCUCCGUCGUACGUUGUUAGAUCUUCACCGGCCAGAUCUUGAGGAUGACGAAGAUGGUGAGGGCAGCGUGGGAUGAUGGCAACACCAAGGUAGGCGGCUGUUUACAUUUGACGAAGUUGUUGCUUAGAUCUUCAACAGUUAGAUCUUGGUACAUCUAAGAAGAACAUGAGCGCGGGGGGUUGAUUUGGAGAAGAAGAGGAAGUUGGGGUGUGGGUGGAAUCAAAGAAGAAGAAAAAGCUGAGUCUUAGAUCUUGGUAGAUCUAAUAAGAAUAUGAUGGCGUGGGGUGGAAUCAGAAAAAAAGAGGAAUGUUGGGUGGGAAGGAAUCGAGAAACAAAAAGAGGUUAGGGCGAUGGUGAAGUCAAAGAAGAAGAAAGGGCAUGGUCGCAUGGAUUGAAUUGAAGGUCUAGAAAUAAGUCAUUUAAUAUAAAAUGAUUUUCCAAAAUAGGAAACAGGAAGAAAAUUUUUGGGAGGCCCAAAAAGGAAAGUGAGAAAGAAACUUUUGGAUGGAGGGAGUAACAUAAAACAACAGCACAAAUGGCUCUCUAUCAUUAUCCCCUCCUUCAAAAUUUGUCUUGUCCUCAAGGCAAAACCUAGACAAUAGCUUCUCUGUAUAUCUGGAGGUUUCGGUAGAGGUGGUAGGAAGACAAUAUGAUGAAAAAAUCCAAUUAAAGUAGUGGUGCUUCGAAAAGGGUCCAAAUAUGACAUAACAGCUUCAUGGAUAAAUCGAUGCCAGAUGCCCCUAUCCAAGAGUUCAUGAAGCUUUGUCAUUGAUGUUGUAGAAUUUUGCAGGAUGGUGUUGACACAUAUAUAAGAGGUUUGUAACCCCAAACUCGAGGCAUUCUCAUCUGCACUUGGAAUAAGAAUCAUGGCUCUUUCUAUAGCCAAUUCUGAAGGUGAGAAUGGAGAGGUUUGAGAGCGACAACCAAUAUGAAUCAUACCAUCAUAUUGGAACAACCUCAACUCGAAUUUCCGUAGCCGAUUGCCAUCAACGAGAAACGUUCUAGUCAGGGUCGUGGAGGGGCACUGUGACGACAACCAUAGUUAACACGGCAUCGCCUAGGCAGCGACUAGGUGUCCAAACACUGAGAGAAGAACGUCAUGGUCAUUCGCCUCCCUAUAUCUCUUCCUGGUGUUGCCUUGGCAUCGUUUAGGCGGCCAGUCCGUCGGCAAAGCACGCAUAGCGACUGAGAAGGGUGGCUAAUCUAUGGCCGCCGGAUUUGAGAUCUGAAAAUCCGAGUGCAUCGCCACCAUUGGAACAUAGAUCUGUUGCCGCCUUGCCAGAGGGAAGUAGAUCUUUGAUCUUCCACCGUCGGUGUCGUUGAUGGUGCAGGCAUUUGUCGCUGCCAGAUUCAGCGUUCUGUUACCUAGUACUAACCCUAGUCUUCUGCAGCCAACCUUUUUUGUUUUUAUACUUCGUAUUAUGAGUUUUUUACGUUUUUCCUCUUUUAAAUUUCAAAAAUUUAUCUUCUUCUUUACCUCUCAUUUAAUUUCUUUAGUUACUUGAUUGGUUCUUCUUUAUACGGAGUAUUUGAUAUAGUCCUCUUUACUCUUCAGCCCAACUCCUCUUCGUCU